AUGCGGCGUUUAGGGUGCAUCCUGACCCGGAGUGGGCGCACGAAGGGUAUAAAUACCCGAGAUCCGCGCUCAGUCGUCUCUCUCUGGUUCUCUUGGCUCCGUCUGCCGAAUAUCAUGAGGUAAAGGUUUCUUCUUCACUUUCUUUUCAAUAUUGUAUUGAAGUCACUGGAAAGUUCCGUUCUCAAUGCGUUUCGCCGGUCAAGAGCCUCAGGAAGAAGGCGUUGAUAACGUAAAGGAUAGAAUCUCAGGUAAAAUCAAGUUUCAUCUCAAAAAGCAUAUUCUGUGUUAAGCAUCCAUCAAACUGUAUCAACUGUUGGGCGCCAAGGACAACAAUGGUCGCCAGAUUCAUUUGCCGUUUCUCAAGAGAAAUUUAUUCUACGUCAAAGAUCAGAAGGUUUUUUUUUAAUUAUUGAUUCUAACUUGUCCAAAUUUUAGUCGGGUGAAGAAGUCGAUGAGGCGUUUGCCGAUGCGAAGCCGUUUGUGAAGAGACGUCUUUUGUCCAAAAACUCUCCCAAAAAGCCUCAGAGCGAUGGCGAGAGGUUCUUCAAUCUUCAUCUGAUUGUCAAAGCGUUGAGAGUUGCCGACGAGCUCCAAACCACGGUUAGCAUAAUUUUAAAAAAUCAAAAUUUGAAGGUUUUCGUUCGGAAAAUCGAGGCGUCUUGGUAUCUCAACCUCAUUGACAUCUUAUCGAUUUUUCAGGCCUCUGCUCAUGGCGACUACUCGUUUCCGAUUGGGAUCCUGGCGCAGUUCAUGGACGGAUUCGAUCCACUUUAUUUGUCCCAGCACAAACCCUUCGUAAAGAAAUGCUUGUCCUUGUCCAAGGUUAUCAAUUUUUUCAAAGUCAAUAUAACUUUGUCUCAGAUCUCACCGGAAAGUGUCGUUCCGGCGUUCCGCAAGCUUUGGAAAGAAUAUCUUGUGGAGGUGGAGCCUUCGAAUGUUGCCUACCGUUUCGCGUUGUCUCCGAAGCCUCGCUCUUGUUUCCUUCAAAUCAAGUGAAAAUCUCUCCUCUAAUUUCAAACAACCAUAUUUUAAGAGACUAUAAUGAGGUGCCGUGCAUGUAUGAGUUCUACAUGUUUGAAGGAGUGCCGGAAACCCUCGAAAGAUUGCCAAAAUGGGUAUCAACGACUUUUUCCAGGAAUCUUAUUCAUUCUACAUAUUACAGGUCAAGUUGGAUCCUGAUCAUUGCUCUCACAGAGACGGAUUCCUUUUCGAUCUCAAGCCGCAAGAAGAACUAAAAGGAUUCGAGAGGUCGUACAUUCUGGUGGUUGGCACUUAUGGUGAUUUUUCUCGCCUUUCAUCAUCACUCUAUUGUAACAACUUCCAGAACCGGAUGAAAAUGGUAUGCCAACCAUGCGUCGGUUUGGUUCUCUUCUGUUGUACAAUUUCCGUUGCGGAACCUCGCUUGAUUCUGGCUACUUCGAAAGCUCUCAAGGGAUCCCGAUGGUGUUCGUGUAGAGACAAAUCUUUCCUGAUUCGAGUUCUUUUUUUUCAGAGAUUGGUGCGAGAGCGACGGAAUUGAUCCUUACUUCCUUCUGGAACAAACCUUCGAGCAAAAACCAAUUCUGCCGUUUCAGUCUCCUGUGAAAAGCUGUAUACAGAACUCGGUAUACAGUCUGGUCGCUUAUAUCCACGAUCAUAAUGGUACUCCACUGGCCUCCCGUGACGACCUUGCCGACACUUGUGAGCUCUGAUAUGUUUUAUCCUUAACUUCAAGUUGAAUUUUUUCAGCGCAUUCCAAUUUGAGUUCCACUCAUCAGAAGUACGUGGGAGUCUUUCCCGAAGGUCAUAAUUACAUGGAUGGCGUGCACAAAGAACCGCUUCCGAACGAAGGUUCAUUAUUUUUUAUCCAAAGGGAUUUUUGAAUAAAACUUAUCAAAUUUAUUCUUACAGAGCCCAUGCCAAGUUGCGGAGCGGGCGGCCUGGAUUUUGGGAAACUUGUCUCAAAGUUCAGCAAAAACAAUUUGAAUCCAGUGGAAAUAACGUAAGAAAAUGAAAAACCGCAACAAAACAUUGUUUCUUCAGCUAUCGUUUGUUCUUUACCCGCGGUCAGCCAACGGUGGCAGAAAGACGAACUGCAGACAUUGAUGUUAGUGUUAUUGAUCUGCUUCUUUUGAUAUGUUUUUCUCAGGGACACAGAGAAGUGGACGUCGCCAAUUGGGUCAACUCGGACAGUUUGCUGUGUGUUCGAAGCGAUAGCAAUGCUCUGAAAUGCUUGUUCUGUGAAAGGUUUCAUUCAAAUAUAACCACUUCAAACACAAUCUAUAUAAUUUUCAGAAAGUUUCCAAACACGUACGCGCUUCUGAUGCACUGCAACAACAACUACACUCGACUGUCUUUUUUGCUCUCCAACAUCUUCCCAAUGGUAAAUAAUAAUUGUUGAUGACUCAUAAUUCUAACCACAGUUGGCACUUUUCAACAUCUGCGGUCCUGUCAUCGACGUGUACCUCAACGACAGCUACAUCGAAACGCCAAUCUCGAAGAAAAAAGAAGUCGUCUGCAAAUUCAACGAACCCGCAAUUUGGGUGGUCACUAAGUGCCAGAAAAGACUUUUGGAAAGCUACAUGCGCAUCGACCUCGACGUGUUCACAGAUUACUCCUAUACCAAGCCUUCUUCUCGCAACACCUACUUUCGGUUUCAAAAAGUUUUAUAAUCAAUCAAUUCGUGAAUUUGUUGAAGAAUUGAUGAACAUUACAAUUGCGCAACUGGAAGGUUGGAAUCCGCCAAUCUGAACAAGUGCAAGGACGCAUCAGAGUCUUGGCCUCACCCGGGAUCGCAUCACCUGAUCGAGAUCAACAAAAAAGUUACUGUAGCAAACGCAAGCAUUUAAAUUUCAUCUGUUCAGAGCUUGUACCUCUUCACGGAUGUGAGCGACUCAGUGAGGGGAUUCGCUUUGUCGUGGAACCGUUUCUGUUUGAAGUUUGGCAGGAACCAAGCUGAAAUCGUCGGAAUUUACAUGCUGAUGGUGCUUAUAUAAAUCACAAUUAUGAACAAUCGAAUUUUUUUCAGAGACUAUAUAUCGAGCUCUACCGAGACUGGAUUCUCAAGCAGGGCGAAAAGUUCACAGCUUGUCUCAAUGCGUUCUUUUUUGACGGCUUGCAAUAUUGCGAUGAACUCGAUUACUACGUUCAAGACAUUCAGCAGAGGUAAACGUUGGUUCCGCUCAGGCAAUGACGUUUUGUAUUGUUCAGACUCGAGAAUCCUCUCUAUGAUCCCCUGGAUGAAACGAACGGACAAGCUCGGCACUUCAUCGCUGACAAAAUUGUGAGCGCGCGAACGAAGAUCAGAAGAGGUAAUUUGGUCGUGAAAAGUUGUAAAACAAACGUUUUUUUUUUUUUGAAUUUCAAAUUUGAAUUUUUUAAUCAAAUUUGCUUGGUUUCAGUGGAAAACGACAUGGAUCUGGAAACAGCAAAGUCAUACUUGGGACACGAUGUUUACGUCAGAGGCGUCCUCGACGAUGACUGGAAGGAAAAGCUUCGAGAUGCCGUCAUCACUGCGUCGAUGUUCCCAUAUGGCCACCCAGUCUACCUCAUGCUGACUCCGACCCCCAAGGUUUUCUCAUCUAGCAUUCUGCCGAUGUGAACAAAUCAUUUUGCAGUACAUCUUCGCAGAUGGAACGGUCCCGUACUGCUUCUUGGAUCCCGAAUGCACUCCAGAAAUAAUCCUCUAA